AUGUCAAACGAAACAUCACCAGUGAUAUUUAAUCUUGAAACACCUCUUACACGUACCAUCAAGCUAAUUUUGUUCUCAGUUCCAUUAGGACCAUCGCUUUUGUGUUCAUUCUACAUAUUCAUGUGCUUUGUUCGUGAACGUAAUCUGCGUCGUCGUGCCAAUCACAUUAUGAUUGCCAUUAUUUUGAUCGAUUUUCUCGAACUUAUGAGUGAUCUUGUUCCAAUUUCACUCUCCUACUUUCAUACAGGUCAUGUUCACAGUCUAUCAAUUUGUCUCUAUUGGGUUACAGGCAAUUAUACAUUACAAGGUAUUUCAAGUUGGUUAAUGGCCUGGGCAUCGAUUGAUCGAUAUCUUCUCAUCUUUUUCUAUCGUCUUCGAGAUACAUUUCUUCGACAUGAUGUUCCACUUAUGAGUGUGUGUGUUUUUGUUGUUGGUUGGUAUAUUAUUUUGACUUUCACUCAUUCGUGCAGAGAAAAUUGGUUUGAUGGUACUCAAUUUUUAUGUGGUGGUCCUUGUUUUGCAAGUGAUACAGUCAUAGUUACUGCCGAUUGGAUUCUUAUCGUACUCUUGCCAACACUAUUGAUUGUUGCAUUCAAUUUGCUUCUUCUCGGAAGAGUUAUCUUUCAAAAAUGUCGAAGACAACCGGGCUUUGAAAGAAGAGCAUUUACAUGGCGUAAAAAUAGAAAACUACUUAUUCAAUUACUCGCUAUUAUUUUCGUCUAUUUUAUCACACAACUUCCUCUGGCUAUUUUCUCAGUUGUCCGCCUCUUUGGUCCUGCUGACUUUCUUAUCGAUAUCUCACUUAUCUGGCUUUUCUAUACUCCUUACAUUAUCUAUAUCAUUAUGCCUUUUGCCUAUAUAGCAACAACUAAAGAAUGUCAAAAGCAAUUGUCUGGAUGGCAACAUACUGUAGGAGUCACACCAACUGCACCUACUUAUCAACUUAAAACACUUAGCAAAGGUGUGCAAACAAACAAUGCUAAUUGUCAAUGA